AUGCCUCUAGACACCCUCUCUACAUACUCACAGACCUUGCUCAGGCAGGAUGGUCGACGUUGGAACGAAGUGCGCCGGUUUACUGCCUCCAUUUCUACCCAACCGUCUAGCGAUGGCAGCAGUCUGCUCACCAUGGGAAAUACCAUGGUUCUCUGUACUGUCACCGGUCCGAGAGAAGGUCGAGGUCAACGAGACAACAAUAAUGCCAUUAUCGAAACAGAAUUGAACGUCGCAGCAUUUGCACAAAUGGAUCGCCGGAAACGAAGUCGCCUUGACAAGCGAGUACAAGAACUUCAGACCACGAUUUCCCAUGCCUUUCAAAGCCACCUUUUCACACAUCUCUACCCUCGAUCCGCUAUCUCCAUAUCUCUUCAUGUUUUGAGCCUCGAUGGCGCAUUACUAGUCGCCUGUCUGAAUGCUGCCAGCCUUGCUCUAGUUGAUGCAGGCAUUCCCAUGCCCUCCAUCUUGGCUGCCAUCUCCAGUGGGAACAUCACCUCACCCGACGAAUCGUCUCUGAAGCCCGAACCUCUGCUCGAUCUGAACAACGCCGAAGAACUAGAACUACCUUUCCUAUCUCUAGCGACCGUUGCCGGUCAACAAGGCGAAGAAGACAAAGUUUCGGUUCUGAUCAUGGAAUCUCGUGUGGCCAUUGGGGGCUCAAAUGCAAAAGUUGAGAGCAUGCUCGCCACAGCUGUAGAUGGUUGUAAGCAGGUGCGGAAGAUUAUGGAAGAUGUGAUUCGAAAACAUGGCGCAAAGGUUAUGCAGAGCCGACACUGAACUCGAUACUGGUCUGGAGGAAGACAUGGUUAACUACCCAGCAAACGAUCCCUGUCCCGACUCGCAAUUGCCAAACUCGAGGUUGAGCCUGGGAGAAAAAUGGGCCUCGGCCAGGCGAAAACUAAAGGCACAGUUCUGGACACUGCUUGUGCUACUUGUGAUACCCCCAAAUACUUUGUUCUUGAC